AAGUUGAAACAUGAAAGCCUAAAUCAGCACCGACGCACAAUGAGAAAAGUCCUAAUGAUGAGCUAAUCACAGAUUGGCCUUUCUUUGUUGAUAGCUAAUCUAACGGUCAGAAUUGCAUCAAUGCCAGUCUAAUUCCUAGCUUUUCAUCACCAUUGCCUCCGUAGCUCCAGCUAAAAAGUCACAUUUUAAAACUUAUCAGCACAGCAGAGAAGCGCCAGAAACUAAUGGAGGAGGAAGAGAUUACAGCUAAUACUGACAAUUUCACAACUCCUCUCAUUCAGAAGAACAAAACGUCCUAUGUCUCCGAUGAGAACGAGAAUUCUCCGAUCGAGCAAGUCGCGCUCAUGGUUCCCGUCACCGACGACCCUACUCAACCAACCUUCACGUUCCGUACGUGGACUCUGGGGACUCUUGCCUGCAUCCUCCUCUCUUUCCUCAACCAGUUUUUCCGGUACCGCCGAGAACCUCUUACCAUCACUUCCAUCUCCGCUCAGAUCGCGGUGGUUCCUCUCGGCCAUCUCAUGGCCUCCACAAUCACUGAUAAGUUCUUCUUCAAGGGGACAAAGUGGGAGUUCAGUCUCAAUCCGGGGCCAUUUAAUAUGAAGGAACACGUGCUGAUCACAAUCUUUGCUAAUUCUGGCGCUGGAAACGUCCACGCCAUUCACAUAGUUAGUGCCAUCAAGAUAUUCUACAAGAAGGAGCUGACUUUUAUUGUGGCGUUCCUGGUGGUUAUAACGACGCAGGUAUUGGGAUUUGGGUGGGCUGGCGUGUUCCGGCGGUACUUGGUGGAACCUGCAGCUAUGUGGUGGCCCCAGAAUCUGGUGCAAGUAUCUCUGUUCAGGGCGCUGCAUGAGAAAGAGGAGAGGAGGAAAGGAGGAUUAACGCGGAAUCAGUUCUUCAUGGUUGCAUUCAUUUGCAGCUUUGCAUAUUAUGUAUUUCCAGGCUACCUCUUUCCGAAGUUAACAUCUAUAUCUUGGAUCUGUUGGGUAUUUCCUACUUCCAUUCUCGCCCAUCAGCUUGGUUCAGGACUCCGUGGUCUUGGAGUUGGCUCUUUUGGAUUAGAUUGGGCCAGUGUAUCUUCUUACCUUGGGAGUCCGAUGGUUAGUCCAUGGUUUGCAACUGCCAAUCUAGCUGUUGGUUUUGCUCUUUUUAUGUAUGUCGUUACCCCAAUUGCGUAUUGGCUCAAUGUUUACAAGGCUAAGGCGUUUCCCAUAUUCUCAGAUGGCCUGUUCACAUCCGAUGGCCAAAAAUACAAUAUCUCAGCUAUUAUAGACGAGAAUUUCCACGUUGACAUGGAUGCUUAUGAGCAUCAGGGACCUCUCUAUCUCAGUACCAUCUUUGCAAUGAUUUAUGGUCUAAAUUUUGCAUGCCUGGCAGCCACUGUUGUUCAUGUUUUCCUUUUUCACGGAAGAGAUAUAUGGCAGCUAAGCAAGUCUGCCUUCCAAGAGAAGAAAAUGGAUGUGCACACAAAACUCAUGAGAAAAUAUAAGCUAGUCCCUGAAUGGUGGUUCUUGUGCAUCCUUUUCUUAAACAUAUUGGCAACCAUAAUUACAUGUGAGUACUAUAAUGAUCAACUUCAAUUACCAUGGUGGGGUGUCUUGCUAGCGUGUGGUCUCGCUCUUUUUUUCACCCUCCCUAUUGGAGUCAUCACUGCUACAACAAAUCGGACACCAGGCUUAAACGUGAUAACAGAGUAUAUAAUUGGGUAUUUGUACCCAGGAUUUCCUGUUGCUAAUAUAUGCUUUAAAGUAUAUGGAUACAUCAGCAUGAAGCAAGCGAUCACUUUUUUGCAAGAUUUCAAGCUCGGUCAUUACAUGAAGAUUCCUCCUAGGGCCAUGUUCAUGGCACAGGUGGUUGGUACAAUAAUAUCAGCAAUGGUUCAUUUAGCAACAUCAUGGUGGCUUAUGGACACCAUCCCCAAUUUAUGUGACCGUGAAUUACUUCCAGCAGGAAGUCCAUGGACCUGUCCAGGUGACCAUGUGUUCUAUGAUGCGUCUGUCAUCUGGGGACUUAUAGGCCCUCGCAGAAUUUUUGGAGAUCUUGGUCACUACUCUGCCAUGAACUGGUUAUUUUUGGCUGGUGCCAUAGCUCCUAUUCUAGUUUGGAUUGCACACAAGGCUCUCCCUAACAAGCAUUGGAUUAGAUCCAUCUCUAUACCAGUACUUUUAAGUGCUACACUCGAGAUGCUGCCAGCUACUGCCGUCAACUACACUACCUGGGUUCUUGUUGGAUUUGCCUCGGGCUUUAUUGCUUUUAGAUACUAUCGUGACUGGUGGAGCCGCCACAACUAUGUUCUGUCCGGGGCACUCGAUGCUGGACUAGCUUUCAUGGCAGUGUUUCUGUAUUUGUGCUUGGGAAUGCAACAUGUUAGUCUUGACUGGUGGGGAAAUGAUUCAGAUGGAUGCCCAUUAGCUUCUUGCCCAACUGCAACAGGGGUUGUCGGUAAAGGUUGCCCAGCCCUCUGAGUUUAAGUAAUGGAUUGGAUUAUUAUCCCCAAGAGAAAGAAAUCAAAAGAAGUAAUGUAGAUAUGGCACAGUAAUGCAAUCAAAUUUUAUAUUAAAUUUUAAUAGAAAAAUUAAUUACAGUACAUUUCAUUA